UUGUUAAUGAUUAAAUAUAAUAGUUUAUAUGCUAAAAACAUCACAAAACUUUAUAAUUACAAAACACUACUUUUUUUUUUCAGUUAGCAGACUGGAAGGUGAAGGAAAAGCUCUUCUGAGAGGAACACAUUAAGUCCAGCGAUCAUCAUGAGUAUCACAAAGCCAAAGCUUCCACCACGCAGAUCAACUCUGAUAAACAAAGGUCCUCCACAACAAUCCCGUCUACAUACAGAAAGGACAAAUCUUGAUGACAAUGGAAAUGUCCGAAAAUGGACUUAUGGAGAAAAAGAUGACAGUAAACCAAACAAAAUUGUUCUCCUGGUGGGAGAGACCGGCGCUGGUAAGACGACUCUCAUCAACAGCAUGGUCAACUACUUACUGGGAGUGAAGUUUGAGGAAGAAAAGUGGUAUGAAAUUACAGAAGAAGCAGCCGGAGAUCAAUCAGAAUCGCAAACCUCUGAAAUCACCAUGUAUGAGGUCUUUUCUAUGAAAAGUCCCAUAUCUCUCACCAUCAUUGAUACUCCAGGCUACGGGGACACUAGAGGACUGGACAAAGAUCUGGAAGUUGCUGAGAAUUUAUCUGCAUUGUUCCAAAGAAAAGAUGGAGUUUGUGAAGUUGACGCUGUGUGUUUUGUGAUUCAAGCAUCAAAGAAUCGUCUCUCAGACAGACAGCAUUACAUUAUCAGUUCAAUUCUGUCUUUGUUUGGAAAAGACGUUGUGAACAACAUUGUGUUCCUAAUCACACACUCUGAUGGUCUGCCACCCCAUAAUGUCCUUUCUGGCAUCAAAAAAGCUAGUAUCCCCUGCAGACGAGACAAAAAUGACCAACCUGUUUAUUUCUUAUUCAACAACAGACAGACUGAAGGCCGUCACACUAAAGAACGUCACAUUCGUGCUCAAAGAGACGCCUGGGAAGACAGUGUGGAAGGCAUGAAGCAAUUCUUUCAGUCUCUGAAUGAAAUGAACAGAAGAAGUUUAAAGUUGACUUCAGAUGUCUUGAUGGAGCGAAUUCAGUUUGAAGCAUCCAUCUGCAACUUACAGCUGCGAAUUCAAGAGAAGGAGCUGAAAAAGUCUGAAAAACUUCAGAUUGAGGCAGCAAUGAGACAAAACAAGGAAAAGAUUGAUAAGUGUGAAAACUUCACCAUUACAGUAAAAAAGAUCAUCAAAGAGAAGGUGCCCAUCGAGAGCAAGUCAUGGAAGAACAGGAAGGCGACAACCUGCACCAUCUGUGAGGAAAACUGUCAUGAGUUUGACUGCUGGUGGGUUUCUGAUCCCAGCAAAUGUGAAGUUAUGAAAAAAGGCUACUGCACCGUGUGCACAGGGAAGUGUCAUCACAGCAAACACCUCAAAGAAAACAAGAAAUACGUCAUCAGAAUUUCAAACGUCAUGAUGGAGUUUGACUCCAUAAAAAAGGAAUAUGAAAAAGCCCAAGAAGAGUCCAAAAUAUAUUCAUCUUUAAUGCAACAUCUUGACAAAGAUUUGAAGGAGAUUGAAAACCAAAAGUCAAGUCUUCUGUCCGAAGCUUACCAGGCCAUCAAGAAUCUGUCUCAGAUCGCAUUAAAACCAGACUCUGCCUUCACUCUUCAGCAUCUGGACUUCUUCAUCCCCAGAGUGAGGGAGGCUGGGAAAGAAACCUGGGUGCGAGAGUUGGAGGAAAUGAGGAGAAAAGCUGUAGCUGAUGAAGCCAAUAAAAACGCUCUGAGUUAUCUGAAAGCUGGCCUGGCAAAUCUUUUCAUGAAUGGGAAAUGAUUGAAUCCAGUACACUGAACAAUGAAAGCAGAAGCCUGCUGCUUACAAUGAGAAAAAUCAGUGCUGUUGACUGACUGUGCAGGUGUUUCUGCAGAACGUCUAUAAACCAGAGGAUGUUUUCCAAUCCCAGGUUACAUCAUAGAGAUUUAGGCAUCUUUUUUUUUUCUUUUUUUUUUUUUUUUUUUUUUAUAUGAAGGCCACAUAAAAAUUUAUACUUUUCAUUAAACAUGAAAUUGCACCAUCAAAUUGAAACCUCAUGAAUUUGAAACCUCAUAUGUUUUAUUAAAAUGAGUUUGUUUUUAUUGUUGCAUACUGAGUUACCUUCUUAUGGCAAUAAAAUAAAAAAGUUAAAAAGUUUUCAUUGAACUGGCUCGUUUACUGUCUCAGUGUGCUGUAAAAAGUCAUGCUAAAUGCAAACGGACAUGAACAACUACAUAUUACAGAGAAUAUGAAGAUGCUUUAUAAAGUGAUAGAGGAACCUAAUGUAUGAUCCUGUAGUAUUUAGGGGUUGAAGCUGAAUAAUUAGAAUUUAAAUUACUGUAAACUAAUUAAAGGACAGACAGACAGACUCAGUGGCGUAGGCAGAAUGGUAUUUUUGGUUGGGCCUGGGCAAAAGUGAGUGGGCACUAGUAACUAAUGGGUGGAGUCAGACUCAAUAUUCAGGUAAUUUUAAUCUUCUUUUCAUUGAUCCUAUUGAAAAAUACACUGUAGAACACAGUGGAAGACACACAUAUUAAAACUACAAUGUAUCCAUGACCAGCAAGAACGUGCCCAUUGUCAACUUAAUCAGUGCGUGCCCCUCCCCAAAUAUUAUGGAAGUAAAAAAAAAAAAAAAAAACAACAACAAAAAACA